CUUUUUACUGUCAAAUGUCAAUGAAAUAGUAGCUUGAGCGUUUUUUUAUACCACCUAAAGUAAAAAUAUUCGAUUAAAAAUUAAUUUUAUACACUUUUGACUAAUUUUUUUUAUCCAAAUGGAAUCUCUAAAAGUGUGUAGAGUAUGUUUAGAGGCUGAUGUGAAAAUGUAUCACUUGCAGACCCAACCACUGGGGACGUAUUUUGAGAAUAUAACCGACGUAAAUCUUUUGACUACAAUGGCGUUGCCGUUAUACGCAUGUUACAAGUGCGCGACUCUCAUGAAGAAGUAUUACGAUUUCAAAGAGCGAUGUCUGAGAGGACAGACCACGCUUUAUCAAAUAUUAAAUAACUGUGGAAAGAUAACAGCACAAGAGUUACAAAAGGUAGAUAGGAAAAAUUUACAAUUGUCAUCAGAUAUUACAAUCCAACAUCUUCCUGAGCCAAUACACUGCAUGCAUCAGGAUGAGCUCAUAGUGCCUGCUGAUAUAAAGAAAGAGCCAGAAGAGGAAACAGAGCUCAAAAUCUCGGUGGAAUUAGAAGAAGAUACGGACAACUUCCCACCACCUAUAUGUAGUGCUGAUGUUGAAACUGUUUUACUUAAAAGCGUUGAAGAAGAGGAAAUAGAAAAAAGAAAGAAAAUUCAAGAGGAAGUGGUUUCGAAAUUACCACCAGAAUUAAAAGUCCAGAGGCUAAACCAUGCCUGUAUGAAAGAGGGUGCUCCAAACAGGAUCAUUGAUGGGCAGAGGGCAAUGCCAAGUAAGAAUACUCGGGAGAAGCCUGAAGAUGAGAUUGACUUGGACAAAUGUGUCACCAUCACUAAGUUAUCGGCAGAAGAACAAGUAGAGGAGAUCAAAAAACGGCAGCAGUCAUCCAACUACAUGAACUCUCCAUUCAAGUGCAACCUGUGCUACAAGGGGUUCCUAGAUGCUGAGGCCUGGAAACACCAUGUGGAGAAACACGAUCCUAGUGCAGGCGAGUUAGAGUGUCCCAUAUGUAAGAUCAGGUUUAAAACGAAACGCACGUUGAAGAACCACUCGGCCAACAACCACGAGAAGCAAUACCUUUGCAAGACAUGUUCCUACGUGUCCAAGAAUGUACUGCAAGCGAAACGGCAUCAGAGAUGGCACGACGGCGUCACAUAUACUUGUCCGUAUUGCGAGGAUGUCUUCAUUAAAUGGACGUCGUAUCUGAGCCACGUGCGGAUCAAGCACCCGUCGGAGUUCAUCUGCGGCGUGUGCGGGUACUCGUUCGUGAGCCAGAUGGGGCUCAAUAGCCACAAGCGGCUGAUGCAUAAGGACGCUACUGAAAAACCUGAAGGGGAAGUUGAACCGGAGGCGGGUGCGUACUGCGAGGAGUGCGACGUGAAGUUCGUCUCAGAGGAGGCGUGGAAGCGGCACAUGGUCACCUCCGCCAAGCACACCAAAAUCAAUGACUUUAGCGGGUGUCGCCUGUGCGGCGAGACGUUCGAGAGCGCGUCGCAGCUGCGCGCGCACUCGCGCACCAAGCACGCGCGCCAGCGGCCCAAGGGCUACGGCAAGAAGCCCACCGACAACAACUGGCCCGCCAACUGCCCACACUGUUCAGAGGAGCUCCCGAACGGGCGCGAGUUUUGGCUGCACUUCCGACGCGUGCAUCCGGACGAAGAGUACCCCAUUCCGAGGAACCAUGUGUGCAAUAUUUGCGGGAAGGGUUUCAAAAACAACGCGAUCCUUCGGCACCACAAACUAACGCACUCGGAGGAGAAGCGCUACAAGUGCAGCACAUGCGGUAAGGCGUUCCGCCACCCCGCCAACCUCACGCUGCACGAGACGCAGACGCACUCCGACCGCCGUCCCUACCCCUGCACCAUCUGUCAGAAGGCGUUCAAGGACAAGAGCGGACUCAAUAGACAUGCACGGUCGCAUACGGGAUUGAAGCCGUACACGUGCGAAGUGUGCGGCAAGACCUUCAGCCAGUCCAACAGCUGCAAGGUGCACAUGCGCCACGUGCACCACCAUCCCUCGCCGCCGGUGCCGUGGGCGCCGGGCAGCGAACAGGCCACAUCUACAACACCUGCAACACCUGCUACGCCUGCAACAUCUGCAAGACCUGCAAUACCUAUACCCGCCACACCUGCAACAUCUGCAACUAAUACUAGGAGAAGCACUAGAAGUCGCUGAAACACACAAACCGUCGUGUAUAUCGGCUUAGACAACGCUGAUUUUGAAGAUGCAGGACUCAAUUGAAUGAAGUUUGGUGCGGUCGGCCUUAUGUCAUUGGAUGCAGUGCUGUUUUACUCUUGGUUAAUAUGGUGUCAGUGGCAGUAUAAGUAGGGAGUGGUGUUCCUAUUGCUUGUAAAAGUGACAUAAGAGGUAGUGUGGGGUGAUUAGAAUGUAAAAAAAUAUUGAGGAUAUAAUAAAGGAGGCGGGAAGUCACUUAAAGCAUCAAGCUUCCAAGCAACCGUUCUGCAGAUCUUUGGGGAAGGUCUUUGUUGAACUGUGGAAAUCCCGUGGCUGCUCUCCACAUUUACCAAUCAAGAUUAAUGCGACUCAUUGCGCUCACGACUUCAACACCCGCGACAAAUGGAACACACGUCAACUUGCAGUGUACAAAGUGUUUGUGCUGGCAUCUGGUAUGCCACUGUUAUGAUCCUGCAAUACUUGUACCUAAUCAGCAAUAUAUUUAGGUUAUUCAAUAUUGAGAUGGACAUUUACAUUUAUUUUAUUUAGUGAUAAGGAACAGUUUUUAUAUACCAAUGAUACUUAUUACAGAUGCCAAUAAUGUAAGAAAUUAAAUAUUAAUUCCUUGUAUUUAUCAGUGAAAACCAUACAGUGGACUCUAAUACCUUUAUAAAAGUGGUCAUAAUGUAGAUAGAGGCAAAACGAUUGAGCAGGACCAGUACACAGUCUCUUUUCAGUUUUUCUGUAUCAGACAAAGGUGCUUGUGUAAAAUCUGGUUCUACAAGCCAUUUGAACCAAUCAGAAACUUAGAAGAACCACUACUGGCCGCAUAAUCGCUUCAUCUCUGUCAUACAUUUCCUGCAAUAUUCAUAUGACAGUUUGCUGGUAACACUGUCUCAAUAUGGUGAGAUACUGAUAAUUCGAAAUAAAACAUAUUCAAUAAAAAUCAAAAUAUAAGAUACAGUUUCAUAAAAUUGUAAAACAUGUAUAAAUAUUCUUUAGUUAUCAAUAAAUAUAUAUAUGUGAGGGAAUGUCUAAAUGAUGUAA